GUGUAUGUAAACUUCCCACUUCAACUAUAGGUCCUGGAUUGCAGAAAGCUUAGCCCCAGCGAUGUACUGGGCAGUACGCAUUACCACAGUGGCGCAAUAAUUGAUCUGUUGUACUCAGUGAUGCAAUUUGGCACACAUGCUCAGGGAUGAGUCUAGCUAACCUGUAAAGUAUGAUUCAGUUUGGUCGCAUGGUGGCGCUGUUGGAUAGGAAAAAUCAUUCAUGCAAGCUCAUAGCAGCCAUAUUGUUUGAGCAAGAGUCUCAGAAAAUAUAUUGUUUGAAAAUGUGCAACUAUAGCUGCUAUAUACCAAAUUUGGUCCCCCAAAAAGUGUCAAAUACAUCAAAAGCAUAUUACAUUGCAUAAUCAGUUUGAUUUUGAGUUCUGAUAUUUGGCAAGUGUGCUAAGCAGUACAGAAGUAGCUCAUCCUAGGGCAAUAUGUCCAAUUUGUCCACAUUUUUGUUCUAACCUAGCACAAACCCAACUAAUCACCAAGUCCUAUUUGAAUCAGGUGGGUUAGUGUUGGCCUGGAACAAAUGUGCUAACUGAGGAAUGGAUUGUGAAACACUGACCUUACCUGUGGUCAAUUCUAAAUCAGGUGACCUGAGACAUAGGUUAAAAAAAACUUGAUACUGUUUUAAUGCAGUGUGUCUGGAAGUGAGAGACAACAAAUGUGACUUGUCAACAUUCAGCAAGACCAAUUGAAUUCAGAGCUGCAGAGGCGGUCACUUUCCUAUAAAAUAAAUAGGGCAAAGGUCACUAGAGCACCAGAAGCUGGGUUGAUUAGUCCAAUGGGAGCGAGCGCUGGCUUAGAAAGCAGCAUGCAAACACAUGAAAAUAACUAGAUGUUAUCUCACUUGGUUAUGACUGUUCAGUGACAUUCAGCUGUGCUGUAGGAACAUCCAUUUCAGCACAAAAGGUGUAAUGGCAAGCAGCUGGAUUACAUACUCACAGACCAACACGAUAAAGAGGAAUCAGGACCUGGCUGAUAUCUGAAGACGUGAUGAUUCAUUUCUAGGCCUUGGAUGAUUAACUGAUCUGCUCCCCUCAUUGGACUAUUAAAGGACAAGCUUGGAUGGACUCCAACCAUAACAGAUCUUCAGAAACCUUCAUCUUUCAUAAAAACCUCAAAGUCCUGUCUGACAUGGGCCUGGCCCUGUGCAGACAGUCUCACAGCCACACGGCCAAAGUGGUUCUAGUGGGCCUGGACGGGGCGGGGAAGUCCACCCUCCUCCACCGCCUUCAGAGGGGCGAGCUGGCGCACACCACCCCCACCGUAGGCUUCAACGUAGGUUCGCUGGAGCUGGACUCUGGCCCGGAGCUGACCGUGUGGGACAUAGGGGGCCAGGGGGGCAUGCGCGCCCAGUGGGGAGACCACAUGGAGGAAUGCGAUGCCCUGCUGUUUAUGGUGGACGGGGUAGACCGGGUACGGAUCGGGGAGGCAAGGGCGGCGUUGGGGAGAGUGCUGGGGGAUGAGAGGGUAAGGGGAGUCCCCCUAAUGGUGCUGGUUAAUAAGAUGGACCUCCCAGAGGCGAUGGGGCUGCAGGAGGUGACGGGAGGGCUGGAGCAGUGCUGGGACAGAGACUGGGAGGUGCAGGGGUGCAGCACUCACAACGGGCUGGGGCUCCAAGAGGCCCUGGACUCUCUGGCCACACUCAUCAGAAAGCGCUGAGGGGUAACUCAGACACACACAAGGAUAUAUGGAAAACUUUGGCAAAUACACAGAUCAAUGGACAAGGCAUGGGCUCUCAUACACAAACAGGUAAAGAAUAGGCACACACACACACACACACAUUUAGACAAAAGGGAACCUGUGAAGCUUUUCAUAAGCUAACUGUGCUCCUAUCACUAACUAGCCCGAUGUCUCACAGUAUGUAUCAUGCCAGUAGGUUAUUUUAAUAUAGAACAGUUGUGACAUUCACUAUGAAGGAAACUAUUCAAUGGGACUUGAGAAUCACAGAUUAGAAUUAAAUGGCUACUUUUAAGGACAAAACCCAAUGGGAUCAUCUAGCUGUUUCUACACUCACUGUAACAAUGAUGUAUUUUACAUUAAACUAAUCUCCCCACAGAAGUGCCACUCAUUUUUACGAUUUACAGAAGAUGCAGUAUCCUUCUACACCACAAGGUCGGUCUCCUUACUUAGCCACAACUCAGUCCUGCUGGUUAUAGUUUCUCCCUGGAAGUUAAAUCAAUUGUUACUACAACAGAUUGAAGUGUUGACACUACCAGACUGAAGGGAUUGGUGAUAUACAGUUACAUUAAAAAACAACCUUUAGUUGUAUAUUCAGUAAAGCUCAUUACUUUUUAUUGGUC